CGCCAUUUGCCAAAAAUCACGAAAGAGAAGUAGCAAAUCUCUGCAAUCUGCAAACCCUAGUUCUGUAUCCCCCAUUAUUUUCAAUGACGAGAGAUGGUUCGCAGCUCAGCGCAGCGAAGCGGGCGUAUCGGAGUGCGUCGGCGGAGGGCAACCGGCAGGAGGAGGCCAGGUGGGCCAACGUUAUUGGCGACAUUCUGAAGAACAGAGGAGAGUACGUUGAAGCACUCAAAUGGCUCCGGAUCGACUACGAGAUCUCCGUCAAGUAUCUUCCCGAGAAGCACCUUCUCCCCACUUGCCAGUCUCUUGGAGAAGUCUAUCUUCGCCUCGAGUACUUCAAAGAUGCCUUAAUUUAUCAGAAAAAACAUCUAGAGUUAGCCAAGGAUAGCAAUGACCUAAUUGAGCAGCAAAGAGCAAGCACACAACUUGGUCGGACUUACCAUGAAAUGUUUCUACUAUCCAAUGAUGACCAUUACUCAGUUCGGAAUGCCAAGAAGUAUUUCAAAGCUGCCAUGAAACUUGCUCAGGCUUUGAAGGAGAAUCCACUGCCAAACACUUCUUUCCUCAAAGAGUUCAUUGAUGCCCAUAAUAAUGUUGGAAUGCUUGAAAUGGAUCUUGAUAAUUUGGAAGAAGCCAAGAAAAUCCUUACCAAAGGAUUGGAGAUUUGUGAUGAAGAAGAGGUGAUUGAAGAUGAUGAUGGGCGCAGCAGGCUCCAUCACAACCUUGGAAAUGUUUUUAUGGAACUGAGAAUGUGGGAUAAAGCUCGGGAGCACAUUGAGGAGGAUAUCAUUAUCUGUAAAAGAAUUGGGCAUCGCCAAGGAGAGGCAAAGGGUUAUAUCAAUCUUGGUGAAUUGCAUUAUAAGGUGCAAAAAUAUGAGGAAGCGAUUCUUUGCUACAAAAAGGCACUUGAUUUGGCUAAGUCCCUGGAAGAUGAAGAUACCCUGGCAGGACAGAUUGAUCAAAAUAUUGAAACUGUAAAAGAAGCAAUUAAAGUCAUGGCUGAAUUGAAGAAUGAAGAGCAGAAUCUCAAGAAACUAUCAAGAAACAUGAUCAUGGCUAGGGGUAAGCCAGGUGAACGGAAGUGUUUGCUGCAGCAGAAUGCAUCUGUUGACCGUCUUAUUGAGAAAUCAAGCAUGGUCUUUGCUUGGCUAAAACAUCGUGAAUUUGCUAAAAGAAAGAAGAGAAUAGCAAGUGAACUCUGUGACAAAGAAAAGUUGAGUGAUUCAUAUCUGGUUAUUGGAGAGUCUUAUCAGAAGCUUAGGAACUUCAGGAAAGCCCUUAAAUGGUACAAGAAAGGUUGGGAAGCAUACAAGUCAAUUGGAAACUUGGAGGGACAAGCAUUGGUGAAGAUUAACAUUGGAGAUGUCUUGGAUUCCGAUGGUAAUUGGGCAGGCGCACUAGAUGCAUUUGAAGAAGGAUACAGGAUUGCUGUUGAAGCAAACCUUCCUUCUGUACAAGUUUCUGCACUAGAGAAUAUGCACUAUAGUCACAUGAUAAGAUUCGAUAAUGUUGAAGAGGCCAGGAGGUUGCAAAAUUUGAUUGACAAUUUGAACCAGUCAAAAAUUAGAGAUGUUGAAGCACAGAAAGUGAUGGAAGAUUGGUGCUCUGAAACUGAUACUGAAGGUGAUGAUUGUUUAUCGAACAAUAGGUCAAAUACAAGUUUGUCGGCUGUGAAAAGUAAAUCUUAUUCCUCUACAUCAGAAUCACUCCCUGAUGUUGAAGAGUUGAAGGAUGACGUACCUUUGAUUUCACUUCUACAGUCUGGCAAACUAUUCCCCACAUUGAAAAAUGCUCAAAUAGAGAAACAGAAUGCUACCAAUGAACCACUUGAUGCUUCAUCUAAAAGUUUAUCGAAGUCAGCCAGUGAUCAGCAAACAGGUGUUGGUCGUAAGCGUAUUCGUGUAGUUAUUUCUGACGAUGAAGGUGAGAUGCAUGAUGAGGCAGGCUGUUCACAAGGAAAGUUUAAAAAAUGCCUAUUGGAGGAUGUUGCCACUUCAAAUGAAUAUAAGAAUAGAAAGGAAGCUUCUAGUCCUUGUGAAUUUCAGGAUGUCUCAGCAGUUCCCUCCAAAAGUGCCUUCAGUUUAUGCACUGCAGUUAUUUUGGAAGAAAGCACAUGUUCAUACAAAUCCAACAGUUCUAAUGUAGCUUCUCAAAGUGGUGGAGAUUUGCAACCUCUGAAUACUGUCAAAAUUGUUCCUGGUUCUAAUAUUCCUGGUUCUAAAUACGCUGACAACUUGUUGCACGAACAUAGUAGUGGGGGUCUGAAGUUGAAUACUUCUCAUGGUGAACAUGGUCAACAUAUUAUGUUCAAACUUGAUGAUCAAUUGAUACACAUGGAAACAAGCUCUUUCAUGAUUGUUGAUGAGUUGAAUAUUGAUUCUCUGAAGAUUGAAGUGGCAUGCUUGUACUAUUUACAGCUUCCUAUGGAGAAGAGAACAAAAGGUCUGUUGCCCAUCAUUCAGCAUAUGACGUGUGAUGGCAGAGCAUUAGAGUCAUUGGAAGAUCUUAAAGCUCUCAAAAAUCAAUUUGGAAAAGCCUGGGUUGAAGUCUUUAUUGAUGGAUGGGUUCAAAAGCGCUUGAUGAAGCUAUAUGUUGACUGCUGUGAGGAGUUAUCUGAGAAACCCAAUAUGAAAUUGCUCAAAAAGCUAUAUAAUUUGGAGGUUUCUGAGGAUGAAGUCAUUGCAUCAGAAUGUGAACUGCAAGAUAUAUCAAUAGCACCACUAUUGAAUGCAUUGCAUGCACACAAGACGCUUGCCAUGUUAAACCUUUCUCAUAAUUCGUUAGGAAAUGGAACAAUGGAGAAACUUCAACAAGUACUUAUGUCAUCAAGUCAAAAAUAUGGUGGCUUGACUUUGGAUUUGCACUGUAACCGAUUCGGUCCGAUUGCAUUAUUCCAGAUUUGUGAAUGCUCUGUGCUAUUUGCUCGAUUGGAAGUGCUGAAUAUCUCUGGGAACCGCCUGACUGAUGCAUGUGGGUCUUACCUUUCAACCAUAUUAGAAAAGUGCAAAGCACUUUAUAGCUUAAACAUGGAGCGCUGUUCUAUCACAUCUAGAACGGUUCAGAGGGUUGCUGAUUCACUGGACCCUGGAUCUGUCCUUGCACAACUUUGGUUAGGACAUAACCACCCUAUGUCUGGAAAUGCUAUUAUCAGUCUCCUAGCCAAACUUGCAACUUUAAAAAGAUUUUCGGAACUAAACUUGAAUGGUUUAAAGCUAAGCAAGCCUGCAGUUGACAGCCUUUGUCUGCUUGCAAAAAGCUGUUGCUUGUCAGGAUUAAUGCUUGGGAGUACUAGUAUUGGAACUGAUGGUGCAUUGCAAUUAACUGAGUCAUUGUCUGGUGGGGCUCAAGAAUAUGCAAAACUUGACCUGUCAUAUUGUGAACUAACAUCUCAAUACAUUGUCAAACUAAAUGCUGAUUUUCCUCUAGCUGGUGGUAUUAUUGAGUUGAACCUUGGAGGAAAUCCUAUCAUGCAAGAGGGUGGCACUGCUUUAGCAUCACUGCUCAAGAGCCCCUGGUGCUAUGUUCAAGUUUUGGUGCUUAACAAGUGUCAACUAGGGCUCGCUGGAAUUCUUCUAGUAAUGCAGGCACUAGCAGAGAAUAACUCCCUGGAAGAGCUUUAUCUUGCUGAAAAUGUGGACAUGGACAAGGGUUACACUUCAAAAGGCAUGACUAACGGGUGCACAGAAUCUUUGCGGCCAAGUCAUAAUGCUUCUAAUAUAUGCGCUACUAGUACCAAUUGCGAUCGACUUGAAAUUGCUGAUAGUGAAGAUGAGUUAAUCAGGGAAGAAGAACCUCCUGCUGCUGCUGCUUUAUCUGGAUUUGAUGACAGUUGCACAAGUUCAUGCCAAAGAGAUCCCUCGCCCCAGUUCCUUCAAGAGCUUUCGACUGCUAUUGGUAUGACCAGACUCUUGAAGUCACUGGAUCUGAGCAACAAUGGGUUCUCAACACAAGUUGCAGAAACUUUAUAUAAUGCGUGGUCGUCGAGUUUUAGGGCCGGGAUGGCUCAGAGGCACAUUAAGGAAGAGACGGUCCAUUUCUCAGUUCAGGGAAUUAGGUGUUGCAAGGUGAAACCUUGCUGCCGACCACGGGAUUGAAUUUUUAUUAUUAAUUUUUUUAUUUUUUAUGUUGAUAUAUAUUUAUAUAUAACAUCUUCUGCAGUUCCGUAGCAGAAGGAUCCAGCACUGUAAUAUAUCAGUAAUAUUUAUGUGUCCACUAAUUUGAGGGCUUCUGUGUGGUGCUGCGGUUUCUCGUGUAUUAUAUGGUACGUCAAAGAUCAUGUUUUGGUGGCA